AUGCGCAAUGGUUUUAUGCGUAUCGCCAAAAUCAAGGACGACGCAUCGUUGCAAGUGUUGUAUUUCCUCCCAAGUUCGACAUAUAUUGAUUUGUAUGUAGAUUUGGAGGUGGCGGGUACUUCUAGGUCCCAUUUGGAAGUAGGGACAACUAGUGGUAGGCCGAAUGUGGAGAAUGUCGAUUACAAGGAAGAUGAUGAUGUGGGUGGACCGUUUAUGGAGGAUGGCGAUCACAUGGAAUAUAAUCACGGUGAAGAUGAUGAGAACUACACAUCGAUAAGUGAUCAAAGCGAUGAAAACCAAUCAAUAUCCGAAGGAAGUCGGGAGAGUGAUGAAGAGGUCAAAGACAAAUUCGCCACAAAGGAUAGGCACAUAUAUCGUUCACAGGGUACAUGGGAUCAUACAAAAGUGGACAAGGAUGAUUUUCAACUUACCAUGUGGGACGGGACAACCGCAACAAUUGGGAUAGGGACUUGUUUCAAGAAUAAGGAAGAAGCAAAAAAUGGUAUUGCAGCGUGGAACAUAGAGCAAAAGAGAGAGUUUUAUGUGAAGGAAAGUGAUGGUUCAACAUGGUCUAUUUGGUGCAAAUCCCUAAAAGAGUCAACCCCUAAGGGUUAUGUUCCUUGCCGUUGGAAGGUACGUGCCUCCUUGAGAGACCACGGUUUGUGGGAGAUUGUGAAAUGGGUGCCCGAGCACAAUUGUAUGAACGUCACCGAGGAUAACAAUAAUCGGAAUGUGAGCGCAACGCUUAUUGCGCAUCUCAUAAGGCAUAAGGUUGAGUUGGACCCAGAUUAUGAAGUGAAGCUCAUUCAAGAAGAAGUGAAAGACCGUAUGCAUGUCGAUGUUCCUUACCACAGGGCAUGGGAGGGAAGGAGAAAAGCUAUCGAUCUUGUUUACGGCGACUGGGUUUCCAAUUUUGACAAACUUCCAAGUAACUUGGUGGCGCAGUUUCGAAGUAAAAAGAUCAAAAGGUUGUGUUGGGAGAUGGGCACGAAACUUUCUAAGUCUAAAUUCAAAGAACUAAGGAAUGAGCUACGUGAUUUUAGCAAUGAUGCUUAUUUGUAUCUCGAGGAGAUUGAUGCUUGUCAGUGGACUCUUGCCAAAGACAUACACUAUCGUUGGGGUAACCAGACAACGAACAUUUCUGAGAGCUACAACAACGUCCUCAAGGGCGUUCGUUUCUUGCCAAUCCGGGCUUUGGUGGAAGCUACUUUUAUUAAGACUGUGGAUUUGUUCCAGGAAGAAUACGUAAAGUCGAGGAAAUGUAUUACUCCGGUCCCAACUGACUUGUGGGAAGACUUCAAGAAAAAAGAAAAGAAAGCCGCAUUGUCAGGAAUCAAGUUAUGGGUUUGGGAGCGUAUCCCAAGACUUCAACCAAAGAGGAAGGUUAAUGAUGAGAGUUACUUGGUGCCGGACGCACCAUUAGGCAAUAGGUGGAAAUGCCCAAAAUCCAAAGCGAACAUCGCCGCUCAUUGUGUUGCUGGCAUCAGGGAUCAGUUAUCUAGCCUAAGGGAUGGGGAUUUUCUAUGGACUCCAUACACUCCCUUCAUCGACGAUCUCCCUGAUUUCUGUAAAGAGGGGGUUAAUUUCUACCUCUGUAGGACGUGGAUCUUUUGUUGGGCCAUCAGAGAACCAUACGAGCCCAAUCGGGUCCUUCGUCAAUUUCAAUGUGUCCAAACUAUGCCAGAGUACCCGUUAAUCAAUGACAUUGAUCGCUGGAAUGCGAUACACCACGGAUGCCUUGGGACUGGAAAGGCAUAUGAUGAUUGGGUGCAAAAACACACUGAGGUACGACCUCAUUGGAAUGUAAGAGAUCAGCACGUGGUCCCUCAUGAUUUGGGUGAUCCGGAACUAGGUCCUCAAUGCACAUCGGACUACAUGCCGUGGUUUCAAAAGAAGACUAUCAGAUUUAUGACUGAUCCCACUCAAUACGGCCCUCUGGCACAGGGUUAUCACUCGUCUUCAUCUCUGGAGAGAUUUUAUCCUUACGGGAAAAAUCCAAGCCUCGGUGGUAGUCUAGAGGAUAAACUCUUCCAAAUCUUCGACAAGAGUUUCAGUGCCCUGACUUUGGGCCCACGUGAUAUGAGUACUCAGUCCGAUACUCAAGUUCUUCAGAAAAGACCCCCUGAGUCAAGUCAAAAUGUGGUACUCACGCAGAAAACAACAUCGAAGCCUACUGGAGGAGGAAGGAGGAAGCGACCGGGAAUUUCAGAUCGAACAAUCAUAGUUCAUCCUAAUCCAACUCCGAUGCAAGAAGAUGAUGAAAAUGAUGAAGGCAAUGAAAGCGAUGAGGAUUACUACAUUAGGGGCGAAGAAGAAGAAGAAGAAGAGUCCUCUCCACCUCGUGUUUCUUCCCAAAGAAAAGAAAACGGUCGAGGUUCGCAAGAGUGA